AUGCGGUUGUUCGGCAGUCCCAAUCCUCCCACAAUCCCUCCCAGUCCACCACCAAGCAUUACUCCUGUGAAGCUGGACGCCCUUUGUGACCACCUCGCCGAAACACCCGGCCUAAAUAUCGAAGAGAUGGCUAACUUCCUAUGGGACGAGUUCAACAUAUCACCGUCGUCAUCCAGCAUCCAACGUGGUCUUUCUCGGGCUGGCUAUACCAGAAAAAAGCUCAGCAGAAAGCCAUUACGGGCGCAGUGGCGCCUGACAAGUUGCUUUCUGUUCAUCCUCAGCUCAUCCAUGAGUAUUGAUUUUCAACACCACAUCCCCAGCGACAAGACAAAAUGCAUUAUCUUCGGACAGUGGAAAUUGAACUUCGCCCUCUAG